GUGGACCUUGCCCCUGCUCCAGAUACACAGGCCGAGGCUCAGCAUGGCGGCUGCACUACCCCUCGUCCUGCUUGGCGCUGCCCUGGCCGGUCUGCUGCUGCCCGGGGGGGCUGUGUUCCUUGACCGGGAUCGGGCCCACGUGCUGCUGCCCAGGGCCCGCAGGGCCAACUCGUUUCUGGAGGAGAUGAAGCAGGGCAACCUGGAGCGUGAGUGCUGGGAGGAGAGUUGCUCCUACGAGGAGGCCUACGAGGUCUUCGAGGACAAGGCCAAGACGGAUGAAUUCUGGAACAAAUACAAAGACGGUGACCAGUGUGAGAGCAGCCCCUGCCUGAACCAGGGCCAGUGCCAUGAUGGGCUGGGCGUCUACAGCUGCACCUGUCCCGAAGGCUUUGAGGGCCGGAACUGCGAGCUGUCCACGCACACGUCCUGCAGCCUGGACAAUGGGGACUGUGACCAGUUCUGCAGGGAGGAGCGCGGAGCUGUGCUGUGCUCCUGUGCCCGCGGCUACGAGCUGGCCAACGACGGCAAGGCCUGCGUGAGCACAGAGCCCUUCCCCUGUGGGAGGACCACCUCCAGCCGCAGCAAGAGGGCGGCACUGACAGACGCCACCCCGAUGGAGCCGCCGGACCCAGAGGCCCUGCCGCCCACCCAGAGCCCCUCCCAGCUGGUGGACCUGAAUGACACGGCCAGCGCUGUGGACGACAGAAGCCUGACCCGCAUCGUGGGCGGGAGGGAGUGUGGCAAGGGGGAGUGCCCAUGGCAGGCCCUGCUGGUGAACGAGGAGGGCGAUGGCUUCUGCGGAGGCACCAUCCUGAGCGAGCGCUUCGUGCUCACGGCUGCCCACUGCAUCCACCAGGCCAGCAGGUUCACGGUCAGAGUCGGGGACAGGAACACGGAGGAGGAGGAGGGCACAGAGUCGGCCCACGAGGUGGAUGCCGUCAUCAAGCACAACAAGUUCGUGCGGGAGACGUACGACUUUGACAUCGCGAUGCUGCGGCUGCGGACGCCCAUCGUGUUCCGCGAGGACGUGGCUCCCGCCUGCCUGCCCGAGCGGGACUGGGCCGAGGCCGCGCUGCUCACGCAGAAGACGGGGCUGGUCAGCGGCUUCGGCCGCACGCACGAGAAGGGCCGGCCGUCGCCGCGGCUCAAGCUGCUGGAGGUGCCCUACGUGGAGCGCAGCACCUGCAAGCUGGCCUCCAGCUUCACCAUCACCCCCCACAUGUUCUGCGCCGGCUACGACGCCCAGCCCGAGGACGCCUGCCAGGGCGACAGCGGCGGCCCCCACGUCACCCGCUUCCGGGACACCUAUUUCGUCACCGGCAUCGUCAGCUGGGGCGAGGGCUGCGCGCGCCGGGGCAAGUAUGGCGUCUACACCAAGGUCUCCAACUUCCUCAGGUGGAUAGACAGGUCCAUGCGGCUCCCGGAGGGGCCCCGGUCCCCCGCCCCAACCACCAGCGCCACCCCCCCCAAAUAAAGGGCCGUCCUCACCUCCUC